GGUUGAGGAAACGGUGUCACUGAUAGCUGGCUACCGCCCAGAGAGCCGGGCGGCCAGAAGUUCCCUUCCUUGUCUUGGCGCACAGACUGUCACAGCCGGAGGUUUCCCUUCCCGCUGCUCCGCAAAGUUACCCCUUCUGCGAAGGGGCUGUUUCACUCCGUAGGCAGUAUUAAGGAAGAUGUGUAUAGUGAGGAACCCCGCGUGUGAAGGAGCGACUUCCCACUGCAGCGCUGGGUGCUAAGGAAACUUUUAAUUUUGUGCUUCAAGAAACCCGAUUGCUUCUUGGAUUACUUUCCUACCUUGGUCUGGAAGGUUUGAUUCCUCGCUGCAUUGCUUCGUUUUUUUCCACUUGUGUCAAGUCACUGAGAACAGCACAGCAAUUGCAUUAUAAAGCUGGAAUCAUCAGUAGUGGAGUGGCUCCAAAAUAUUUGCAAAAGCAGAAUAACUUGAGGAAAAUGGAAACAGAUGAGGCUCAAGAUAUGUCCCAGGUUUCAGGAAAAGAAAGUCCUCCAAUUAGUGAUGUCCCAGAUGACACAGAUGAACCUAUGCCUGUACCAGAGGACCUUUCUACUACUACUGGAGGACAGCAGAGUGUUAAGAAUGAGAGAGUCUUGGCCGGUAAUAUUAAAAUAGAGACUCAGAGUGAUGAAGAGAAUGGGCGUGCCUGUGAAAUGAAUGGGGAAGAAUGUGCGGAGGAUUUACGAAUGCUUGAUACCUCUGGAGACAAAAUGAAUGGCUCACACAAUGGCCCAGGCAGCAAGGCUAUGUCAGGAGUUGGAGGCAUUCGACUUCCUAACGGAAAGCUAAAAUGUGAUAUCUGUGGGAUAAUUUGCAUCGGUCCCAAUGUGCUCAUGGUUCACAAACGAAGCCACACUGGAGAACGCCCUUUCCAGUGCAAUCAGUGCGGAGCCUCCUUCACGCAGAAGGGCAACCUCCUGCGCCACAUCAAGUUGCACUCGGGUGAAAAGCCCUUCAAAUGCCACCUCUGUAACUACGCCUGUCGGCGCAGGGAUGCCCUCACAGGCCACCUGCGGACUCACUCUGUUGGCAAACCCCAUAAGUGUGGAUACUGUGGUCGCAGCUAUAAGCAGCGCAGCUCUUUGGAAGAACAUAAAGAACGCUGUCAUAACUACCUGCAAACCAUGAGUAUCUCAAGCAACCUUUAUUCAGUCAUAAAAGAGGAAACUAACCAGAGUGAAAUGGCUGAAGACCUGUGCAAGAUAGGGUCAGAAAGAUCCCUCGUGCUGGAUAGACUAGCAAGUAACGUCGCCAAACGUAAGAGCUCUAUGCCUCAGAAAUUUGUUGGUGAGAAGUGUCUGUCUGAUCUUCCAUAUGAUGCCACCACCAACUAUGAGAAGGAGAACGAGAUAAUGCAGACCCACGUCAUAGACCAGGCCAUUAACAAUGCCAUCAGUUACCUGGGGGCAGAGUCCUUGCGUCCCCUUGUCCAGACUCCUCCGGUUGGUUCUGAAGUGGUGCCCGUCAUCAACCCCAUGUAUCAGCUCCACAAACCUCUUGGGGACAGUCAGACUCGCUCCAACCAUACAGCUCAGGACAGCGCAGUGGAAAACUUGUUGCUGCUCUCCAAACCUAAAUCAGUCUCCUCUGAACGGGAUGCCUCUCCCAGCAACAGCUGCCAAGACUCAACAGAUACGGAGAGCAAUAAUGAGGAACGCAGUGGUUUAAUUUACUUAACAAACCACAUAGGUCCCCAUGCAAGAAAUGGCAUAUCUAUAAAAGAAGAAAGCAGGCAGUAUGAUGUCUUAAGGGCAGGUACUGACAAUUCCCAGGAUGCUUUCAAAGUGAUCAGCAGCAAUGGGGAGCAAGUGAGAGUUUACAAGUGCGAACACUGUCGAGUCCUUUUCUUGGAUCAUGUGAUGUAUACAAUCCACAUGGGCUGCCAUGGGUUCCGCGACCCUUUUGAAUGCAACAUGUGCGGCUACCACAGCCAGGACAGGUAUGAAUUUUCUUCCCACAUAACUCGAGGAGAGCACCGUUUCCACAUGAGUUAAAACUCCUCGGGCACAGCUCCAGUCUCAACAACUACAUUACUGCAGCUGCACAAGCAACAACAGCAACAAAGCACAAGACUAGUGGACAGUAAAAGUACAAGAAAAUCAAAAAUUCAGAUAUAUUCUCCCACAAGGAAAGAUUUUUCUUUUGGUAGCAUGUGUUGCAACUCAGUUUUCUAAAGUGAAUAUUAAAGUUUUUACUGAAAGCAUUUGAUCACGAAAACCUUUAGUAAUGUAUGUAGGAGCUUUUGUAGUCAGAUAGCUGAAAGUCCUUUCCUUAACUGAUGCUUCUUGCAACCCUCCCUUGCCAAAACUGCUACCCACGCACAGAAUGCACAGCGUGGAUGUGAACAUGAGGCAGGAAUGGCCUAGCUUUCUCUCUUAACACCCUGCAUACAGGGUUCAUGCACCAGAUGCAUUUUUUUAACUUCCAGGUUUUAUUUGAAUCAUACAGAAAGAUUAAACUCAACUAAAGAUUGAGGGCCCAGCCAUCCCACUUGACUUUGCAGACAGCUGGGGUGGGACUGGAACCCAACCACAGGGUCCAGGGUUACUUUGGCAGUAAAAAGUAGAACAUUUCCACCUGCAAGGGUGCUGUUGGAAUUGACAUUGUGGCAUGCCUUGUUUGUGUCACUAGGCACACGAGCAGGUAUGUGGAAGAUAUAAGAAACACCCUUGUAAGGGUACUCUGUGAAGUAUGAAUUGCAUUUAAUGUAUAGAAAAGAAUAUUGAUGGCUCUUCCUUAAACAAAUGUUUUCCCUCCCUAUUCAAUAGAACCCCACUUACUGUUAAGAAACUCCUCCUCUCUCUGCAGAAACAAGUUACAAUGUAUUUAAUUUUUCUUUUUUGAGUUUUAGUUAUUUAGAAGAGUAUAAUGUACAGUUGAGAAAAGCACUAGCUAGAAAUACAUGUGGGGAAAAUUCUCCUUAUGCACAUUUCUCAUUUUUUUAUACUGUCUGGAAAAUACCCAAAUAUCCCUAUAUUUUACCUUUGAGAAAUUCCCAUUCUGCUUCCACGGAUGACGUCUUGCAGAUUUUGUGGCUCUAUUUGUGUUGUACUUAAUUAUUUGUAAAACACCGAGCUGAAUUAAACCAGCUAGUCAACA